AAAUUAAAAAAAAAAAAAAGAAGGAAAAGUCCCUGCAAGGGUGUGCCCAGGGCCACACAGCCAUGCGGGCAGCUCCAGAAGGAGACGGGCCCUGCAGGGGUGUGCCCGGGGCCACACAGCAGUGCAAGCAUGGCCCCCUCCCCUUGGUGCCUCCCAGAUGGGCCUCUCCCCUCAGACGGACCACUCACAGCUCAGCCAGGCCCAUUGCUCCUGUCAGAGCCAUGAGGAGGACGGGACAGUCCCAUGGCAUGCAGCCAGCAUGUGGAUGGUCUGGCACACCACAUGAGCAGAGUGUAGAUGCAGGGAGCACCAAGGAGGCCAAAUGUCCCACAAGAGCCCAGUGAUGUAUGGGCAGGGGCUGCAGCCGGUGGCCUGGGGUCUGUCCACAGGCAGCAGAUGGGCUGGUGCCAGGGGUGCAUGGCCGGCGGGAUCCUGAUCUGCAGGUGCCACUUCCUAGAGCCAAACUUGCCUGUCUUUGACAGGGCAUAGGGACAAGGGACUCAGAGAGACUUAUGAGUGUGAGCUAUGGGGGGUUACAGGUCAGAGAGGAGGAUGAGCAUGGGGGUGAGCUACGGAGGAAUCACAGGUCAUGAGGAGGACAGAGGAGGAGGGUAAACUAUGGAGGGUCACAGGUCAGGGAGGAGGAUGGAGGAGGGUCUCCAGAUUUUGGGCACUCUGGGUGCAUCUGGUCUGUGCUGAGAUCCUCGGUUUCCCCAGCAGACACAGGGGUGCUGGCUGAGGGCAGGGGUGAAGCUGAGUGUGCAUAGAACUCCCAUCUUGCUGGCUAUUGUGGGUCUGCUUCCUCCCUACCCUCCUUCCCACCUCCCUGGGUGCUCUGGACCCCUGGCCCUUACACCUGGCCGUGGUGAGGGUCAACUGGUGGACACACCUGCAGGAAAAGUCCUCAGAUCAAGCAGGUGCAAGGAGCAUGCCUGCGUGUCUUCCCCUGGUCCCUACCCUCAUCUGGGGUUCCUGAAGGGGGUUUCUCAGACCUGGGCUGCUGGAGGCGGGGAUCAACCACUUCCCAACAGGUGGCCCCUCUGGGUUCUGGUUAAGCCCCACCAGACAAAGGCCACCUUUCACCCGGGCAGGGCUGGCCUUUUGUCCCUGCUUGUCCCUGCAUCAGGGCCAUAGCCAUGGAGUUGGGAACAGUCUUCCUGGGUCAUUUGCAGCACACACAUUGUCCUGCCGGCCCACCCUGGGGCCUGGGGCCCUCCCUUGUCCAUGGCCAGCAAAGGCCCCUAGCUGGGUUCUCAGGGGUUCCCAUUUAAAGGUGCCAUGGACACAACAGCUAGGCCAGGUGCUGCCGGAAGCACCAAGGAUACAAUACCUGCCCUAGGCCUGUGUGUAGCUUCUGGCUGCCCACCUAUACCCAGAGUCUGUAGGACCUUCAGACGGCCAGUGCACUUGGCAUGGUCCUGGGACCCCUGUCCCCUCUGGGCAGUCCUGGGUGCCCUCUGUGUGGUUUCUGGUCCCCCUCUCCCCUCUGGCUGGUUCUAGUCCCCUCUGGGCAGUCUUGGAUCCCCUCUGGCUGGCUCUGGGUCCCCUCUGACUGGUUCUGGAUCCCUUUCUGGGGGAGGGGUCCCAGGUCCCUUCAAGGUGAUCUUGGAUAUCCUCUGGGGGUCUCAGGUCCCCCUCUCUCCUUUGGAUGGUUCUGGGUCCCCUAGGCUCCUUCCUUCCCUGCACUCCGGGAUAUUAGUCUGAACAGGGUUCCCCACAAGAUGGGGUCCCUGCCUUACCCACAUCCCUGCUGUCCCCCACCAAACACCUGGCCAUGCAGAGUCUGUGCCCUUUGCUUCCGUGGGGCUGGGGGUGAAACCAAAUCCGGGGCAGUGACACCCGGGCUAUUUUGGAGUUGGGCUGGGUUGGGCUGGCUGGUGGUGGGGGCGGGCCCAGCCUUCUCCAGCUGACAGCGUCCGCCUGUCCUUUCGUCCCUGUCCAGUCUGAGGACCGGCCAGAGAGUGGGCUGCUGGGUGGGAGCCGUGUCGGUCCUGGGCCCGUGGAGGGAGGUGAGACCCAGCAGCCCCUGCCCUGCCGUCUGAGCCCCCCGCCUGGGUGCUGCUCCCAGCCUCCCGUAGAGACAGGUCCGUCCCGCCGCCCCCCGCCCCCCACCAUGGAUCACUCAUUCAGCGGGGCGCCCCGAUUCCUGACCCGGCCCAAGGCCUUUGUGGUGUCGGUGGGGAAGGACGCCACGCUGAGCUGCCAGAUCGUGGGCAACCCUACGCCGCAGGUGAGCUGGGAGAAGGACCAGCAGCCGGUUGAGGCGGGCUCUCGCUUCCGGCUGGCCCAGGACGGCGACCUGUACCGCCUCACCAUCCUGGACCUGGCCCUGGGCGACAGCGGGCAGUACGUGUGCCGCGCGCGCAAUGCCAUCGGCGAGGCAUUCGCGGCCGUGGGCCUGCAGGUGGACGCCGAGGCCACUUACGCCGAGCAGGCGCCCCACUUCCUGCUGCGGCCCACGUCCAUCCGCGUGCGCGAGGGCGCCGAGGCCACCUUCCGCUGCCGCGUGCGCGGCUCGCCGCCCAUGGCCGUGAGCUGGGCCAAGGACGGCCGGCGCCUGGGCGCGCCCGACGCCCCCCGGGUGUGCGUGGAGGCCAGCGGCGAGGCCAGCGCGCUGCGCAUCCAGUCCGCGCGGCCGCGCGACGGGGGCACAUACACGGUGCGCGCCGAGAACCCGCUGGGCGUCGCCAGUGCCGACGCCGCGCUCACGGUAGACGCGGACCCAGACGCCGCCCCGCCGGGAGCCUCCACUGCCGGGCUUCUGGCGCACCUGCAGCGGCGUCGGGAGGCGAUGCGCGCCGAGGGCAUCCCUGCCUCGCCGCCUGGUUCUGGCACGCGCACCUGCACGGUGACUGAAGGCAAGCACGCGCGCCUCAGUUGCUACGUGACGGGCGAGCCUAAGCCAGAGACGGUGUGGAAGAAGGAUGGCCAGCUGGUGGUGGAGGGCCGGCGACACCUGGUGUACGAGGACGCUCAGGAGAACUUCGUGCUCAAGAUCCUCUUCUGCAAGCAGUCGGACCGGGGCCUCUACACCUGCACGGCGUCCAACCUGGUGGGCCAAACCUACAGCUCCGUGCUAGUCGUCGUACGAGAGCCCGCCGUACCCUUCAAGAGGCGACUUCAGGACCUGGAGGUGCGGGAGAAGGAGUCGGCCACGUUCCAGUGCGAGGUGCAGCUGCCGUCCACGGAGGCCGCGUGGUACAAGGAGGACACGCGUCUGUGGGCCAGCGCCAAGUACGGCAUCGAGGAGGCGGGCACUGAGCGCAGGCUCACGGUGCGCAACGUCUCGGCCGACGACGACGCCGUCUACAUCUGCGAGACCACGGAGGGCAGCCGCACGGUGGCAGAGCUAGCGGUGCAAGGAAACCUCAUUCGGAAGCUCCCGAGGAAGACCGCGGUGCGCGUGGGUGACACGGCCAUGUUUUGUGUGGAGCUGGCCAGGCCCGAGGGCCCUGUCCACUGGCUGAGGAACCAGGAGGAGAUGGUGGCCGGGGGCCGCGUGGCCAUCACCACAGAAGGCAUGUGCCACACGCUGACCAUCUCCCAGUGCAGCCUGGAGGACGUGGGCGAGGUGACCUUCACUGCUGGUGACUGCAGGACGUCCACCCAGUUCUUCGUGUCUGCCCCUAGGAGGCCGCCCCUGCAUGCCCCUGAGGCCCCUGUGGUAAAGGGAAGGACAGAGUGUUCCGUCACCCUUGCCUGGUCCCCACCACCCCAUGGGGACCGCCCUGUCCCCAUCGACGGUUAUCUGGUGGAAAAGAAGCGGCUUGGUGCCUACACCUGGAGCCGGUGCCACGAGGCGGAGUUGGUGGCUGAACGUGAGCUGACUGUGGCCAGCGUGGCUGAGGAGGGGGACUUCCAGUUCCGGGUAUCAGCUGUGAACAGCUUUGGCCAGAGCCCCUACCUGGAGUUUCCAGGGACUGUCCACCUGGCCCCCCAGCUGGCUGUGAAGACUCCUCUGAAGGCGGUGGAGGCGGUAGAGGGUGGCGAGGUGACCUUCUCGGUGGACCUCACUCUGGCCUCUGCUGGAGAGUGGUUCCUGGAUGGCCAGGCCCUAAAGGCCAGCAGUGUGUAUGUGAUCCGUCACGACGGCACGCAGCAUGCCCUCACCAUCCGCUCCGUGUCCGCCAGCCUGCAUGGCGCUGAGCUCAAGUUCGUGGCCAACGGAAUUGAGAACAGCAUCCGUAUGGAGGUCCGAGCCCCAGGGCUGGCUGCCAAGCGUCCAGUGGCAGCUGUGAGGGAAGUGCUGGCCCGGCUGCAUGAGGAGGCACAGCUCUUGGCAGAGCUCUCAGACCAGGCUGCGGCGGUGACAUGGCUGAAGGACGGCCACGUGCUGCCCCUGGGCCCCAAAUACGAGGUCCAGGCGAGUGCCGGACAGCGGGCACUGCUGGUGCGGGAUGUGGUGCGAGAUGAUGCUGGCCUGUACGAGUGUGUCAGCCGUGGGGGCCGCAUUGCCUACCAGCUGUUGGUGCAAGGGCUCACUCCCUUUCUGCACAAGGACACAGCUGGUGGCUUGGUGGAUGCCGUGGCUGGGGGCCCAGCCCACUUUGAAUGUGAGACUUCUGAGGCCCAGGUUUGUGUGCGCUGGUACAAGGAUGGUACGGAGCUCAGCCGCUCCAGCCAGCGCUUCCUGCAGGAGGACGUGGGAACGUGGCACCGGCUGGUGGCAGCCUCGGUCACCAAGCAGGAUGAGGGCACCUACUCAUGCCGUGUGGGCGAGGACUCCGUGGACUUCCAGCUGCGUGUCAGUGAGCCCUCGGCCGUGUUUGCCAAGGGGCAGCCGGCACGCAGUGAGGUGCAGGCCAAGGUGGGGGCCAGCGCCAUGCUGAGCUGCGAGGUGGCCCAGGACAAGACGGAGGUGACGUGGUACAAGGGCGGGAAGAAGCUGAGUGCCAGCUCCAGAGUGCGCAUGGAGGCCACGGGCUGCAGCAGGAGGCUGGUGGUGCAGCAGGCGGGGAAGGUGGACGCCGGGGAGUACAGCUGCGAGGCCAGGGGAGAGAAGGUCUCCUUCCGCCUGGACAUGACAGAACCUGUAUUGGUGUUUGCCAAGGGACAGACAACACACAGUGAGGUACAGACCAAGGCGGGGGCCAGUGCCACACUGAGCUGUGAGGUGGCCCAGGACAAGACGGAGGUGACGUGGUACAAGGACGGGAAGAAGCUGAGUGCAAGCUCCAGAGUGCGUGUGGAGGCCAAGGGCUGCAGCAGGAGGCUGGUGGUGCAGCAGACAGCAAAGGCGGAUGCGGGGGAGUACAGCUGUGAGGCUGCGGGGGAGAAGGUCUCCUUCCACCUGGAUGUCAUUGAGCACUCGGCCAUGUUUGCUAAGGGGCAGCCAGCAUGCAGUGAAGUGCAGGCCAAGGCAGGGGCCAGUGCCACGCUGAGCUGCGAGAUGGCUCAGGACAAGACGGAGGUGACAUGGUACAAGGAUGGGAAGAAACUGAGUGCCAGCUCCAGAGUGCACAUGGAGGCCAAGGGCUGCAGCAGGAAGCUGGUGGUGCAGCAGGCGGGGAAGGUGGAUGCUGGGGAGUACAGCUGUGAGGCCGGGGGCCAGAAGGUGUCUUUCCACCUGGAUGUCACAGAGCCCUCAGCUGUGUUUGCCAAGGAGCAGCCAGCAUGCAGUGAGGUGCAGGCCAAGGCGGGGACCAGUGCCACACUGAGCUGCGAGGUGGCCCAGGACAAGACAGAGGUGAUGUGGUACAAGGACGGGAAGAAGCUGAGUGCCAGCUCCAAAGUGUGCAUGGAGGCCAAGGGCUGCAGCAGGCGGCUGGUGGUGCAGCAGGCAGGGAAGGCAGAUGCCGGGGAGUACAGCUGUGAGGCCGGGGGCCAGAAGGUGUCCUUCCACCUGGAUGUCACAGAGCUUGCAGCUGUGUUUGCCAAGGAGCAGCCGGCAUGCAGUGAGGUUCAGGCCAAGGCAGGGGCCAGUGCCACAUUGAGCUGCGAGGUGGCCCAGGACAAGACGGAGGUGAUGUGGUACAAGGAUGGGAAGAAGCUGAGUGCAAGCUCCAGAGUGCGUGUGGAGGCCAAGGGUUGCAGCAGGAAGCUGGUGGUGCAGCAAGCGGGGAGAGCAGAUGCCGGGGAGUACAGCUGCGAGGCCAGGGGAGAGAAGGUGUCCUUCCACCUGGAUGUUACAGAGCCUGCAGCUGUGUUUGCCAAGGAGCAGCCAGCACACAGUGAGGUGCAGGCCAAGGCAGGGGCCAGCGCCAUGCUAAGCUGCGAGGUGGCCCAGGCCCAGACGGAGGUGACGUGGUACAAGGACAGGAAGAAGCUGAGUGCGAGCUCCAGAAUGCACGUGGAGGCCAAGGGCUGCAGCAGGCGGCUGGUGGUGCAGCAGGCAGGGAAGGCGGAUGCUGGGGAGUACAGCUGUGAGGCCGGGGGCCAGAAGGUGUCCUUCCACCUGGACAUCACAGAGCCUGCAGUCAUGUUUGCCAAGGAGCAGCCAGCACACAGUGAGGUGCAGGCCAAGGCGGGGACCAGUGCCACACUGAGCUGCGAGGUGGCCCAGGCCCAGACAGAGGUGACGUGGUACAAGGACGGGAAGAAGCUGAGUGCCAGCUCCAGAAUGCGUGUGGAGGCCAAGGGCUGCAGCAGGCGGCUGGUGGUGCAGCAGGCAGGGAAGGCCGACGCCGGGGAGUACAGCUGUGAGGCCGGGGGCCAGAAGGUGUCCUUCCACCUGGACAUCACAGAACCUACAGUGGUGUUUGCCAAGGAGCAGCCUGCACGCAGUGAGGUGCAGGCCAAGGCAGGGGCCAGCGCCACGCUGAGCUGUGAGGUGGCCCAGGACAAGACAGAGGUGACAUGGUACAAGGACGGGAAGAAGCUGAGUGCGAGCUCCAAAGUGCACAUGGAGGCCAAGGGCUGCAGCAGGAGGCUGGUGGUGCAGCAGGCGGGGAAGGCGGAUGCUGGGGAGUACAGCUGUGAGGCCGGGGGCCAGAAGGUGUCCUUCUGCCUGGAUGUCACAGAACCUACAGUGGUGUUUGCCAAGGAGCAGUCUGCACGCAGUGAGGUGCAGGUCAAGGCAGGGGCCAGCGCCACACUGAGCUGCGAGGUGGCCCAGGACAAGACAGAGGUGACAUGGUACAAGGAUGGGAAGAAGCUGAGUGUGAGCUCCAAAGUGCACAUGGAGGCCAAGGGCUGUAGCAGGAGGCUGGUGGUGCAACAGGCGGGGAAGGCGGAUGCUGGGGAGUACAGCUGUGAGGCCGGGGGCCAGAAGGUGUCCUUCCACCUGGAUGUCACAGAACCUACAGUGGUGUUUGCCAAGGAGCAGCCUGCACGCAGUGAGGUGCAGGCCAAGGCAGGGGCCAGCGCCACGCUGAGCUGUGAGGUGGCCCAGGCCCAGACGGAGGUGACAUGGUACAAGGAUGGGAAGAAACUGAGUGCGAGCUCCAAAGUGCGCGUGGAGACCAAGGGCUGCAGCAGGCGGCUGGUGGUGCAGCAGGCGGGGAAGGCGGAUGCCGGGGAGUACAGCUGUGAGGCCGGGGGCCAGAAGGUGUCCUUCCUCCUGGAUGUCACAGAGCCCUCGGUCAUGUUUGCCAAGGAGCAGCCAGCACUCAGUGAGGUGCAGGCCAAGGCGGGGGCCAGUGCCACACUGAGCUGCGAGGUGGCCCAGGCCCAGACGGAGGUGACGUGGUACAAGGACGGGAAGAAGCUGAGUGCCAGCUCCAGAAUGCAUGUGGAGGCCAAGGGCUGCAGCAGGAAGCUGGUGAUGCAGCAGGCAGGGAAGGCGGAUGCCGGGGAGUACAGCUGUGAGGCCGGGGGAGAGAAGGUGUCCUUCCACCUGGACGUCACAGAGCUGGAGCCUGAGACCCCCACGGUGGAGAGACCUGGCCGCAGAGAGCCUCUGGUGGUCAGGGAGCACGAGGACAUUGUCCUGACCGCCAUGCUGGCUACGCCCUCCGUGGCCGCGGUGAAGUGGCUCAAGGACGGCGUGGAGAUCCGCCGCAGCAAGCGGCACGAAACGGCCAGCCUGGGGGACACCCACACCCUGACGAUCCGCGGCGCGCAAACCCUGGACACCGCAGUGUACAGCUGUCGCGUGGGCACAGAUGGGCAGGACUUCCCAGUGCAGGUGGAAGAGGUGGCCGCUAAGUUCUGCCGGCCCCUGGAGCCUGUGAGCGGGGAGCUAGGUGGCACGGUGACGCUGGCCUGCGAGCUGAGCCCACCGCAGGCCGAGGUGGUGUGGCGCUGCGGGAGCACGCAGCUCAGGGCUGGCAAGCGCUUCCAGAUGGAAGCCGCAGGGCCCCGGCGCUCGCUCACCGUGUCCGGCCUGCGGCUGGAGGAUGCGGGGCAGUAUGCGUGUGAGACCCGGGAUGACUGCACCAGCGCGCAGCUCUCCGUCAGUGCCCCCCGCAUGGUCAAGUUCAUGUCUGGGUUGAGCGCCGUGGUGGCGGAAGAAGGCCAGGAGGCCACCUUCCAGUGCGUGGUGUCCCCCAGCGAUGCAGCAGUCAGGUGGUUCCGGGAUGGCGCGUUGCUGCAGCCCAGUGAGAAGUUCCUCAUCUCACAGAGUGGCGCGAGCCACAGCCUGACCAUCUUGGGUCUGACCCUGGACGACCCAGGCCAGAUCACCGCAGAGGCCGAGGGGGUCUCCUCUGCUGCUGCCCUCCGGGUGCGAGAGGCUCCAGUGCUGUUCAGAAAGAAGCUGGAGCCACAGACGGUGGAGGAGCGGAGCUCAGUGGCCAUGGAGGUAGAGCUGACACGGCCAUGGCCCGAGGUCAAGUGGACACGGAACGCAGUGGCCCUGGCGCCAGGCAAGAACGUGGAGAUUCACGCCGAGAGCACCAGGCACCGCUUGGUUCUUCACUGCGUGGGUUUUGCCGACCGCGGCUUUUAUGGCUGUGAGACUCCAGACGACAAGACGCAGGCCAAGCUCACCGUGGAAAUGCGCCAGGUCCGGCUUGUGCGGGGCCUGCAGGCGGUGGAGGUGUGGGAGCAGGGCACAGCCACCAUGGAUGUGGAGCUGUCACACGACAACGUGGAGGGCAGCUGGACGCGAGACAGUGUGCGGCUGCAGCCAGGGUCCACAUGCCAGCUGGCCGUGCAAGGCCCCAUCCACACCCUCAUCCUGUCGGGGCUUCGGCCACAGGAUAGUGGCCUCAUCGCCUUCAAAGCUGAGGGGGUGCACACGUCUGCACGGCUCACGGUCACUGAGCUGCCUGUGAGGUUCAGCCGCCCUCUGCAGGAUGUAGUGGCCACAGAGAAGGACAGGGUGACCUUGGAGUGUGAGCUGUCUCGCCCCAACGUGGACGUGCGCUGGCUGAAGGACGGCGUGGAGCUUAGGGUGGGCAAGACAGUGGGCAUGGUGGCCCAGGGCGCCUGUCGGAGUCUCAUCAUUUUCCGCUGUGAGCUUGGUGACCAGGGUGUGUACGUGUGCGACGCUCGUGAUGCUCAGAGCUCAGCCUCCCUGAAGGUGCAAGGUCGUAACAUCCAGAUCGUGAGGCCCCUGGAGGAUGUGGAGGUGAUGGAAAAGGAGGGCGCCACCUUCUCUUGCAAGAUCUCUCACGAUGAGGUGCCAGCCCAGUGGUUCUGGGAGGGCAGUAAGCUUCGGCCCAGUGACAAUGUGCGCAUCCGCCAGGAAGGGAGGACAUACACCCUCAUCUACCGGAGGGUCCUGGCAGAAGAUGCAGGAGAGAUCAGAUUUGUAGCCGAAAAUGCAGAAUCUCGAGCUGAGCUCCGAGUCAAAGAGCUGCCGGUGACCAUCCUGCGCCCACUUCGGGACAAGAUAGCCAUGGAGAGGCACCGCGGUGUGCUGGAGUGCCAGAUGUCCAGGGCCAGCGCCCAGGUGCAGUGGUUCAAGGGCAGCGUGGAGCUGCAGUCAGGACCCAAGUACGAGAUGGUCAGCGACGGCCUCUACCGCAAGCUGAUCAUCAACGACGUGCAGCCGGAUGAUGAGGACACCUACACGUGCGACGCUGGCAACGUGAAGACCAGUGCCCAGUUCUUUGUGGAAGAGCAAUCCAUCACCAUCGUGCGGGGCCUGCAGGACGUGACUGUGAUGGAGCCCGCACCUGCCUGGUUCGAAUGUGAGACCUCCAUCCCCUCGGUACGGCCGCCCAAGUGGCUCCUGGGAAAGACAGUGCUCCAGGCCGGGCCCACCGUGGGCAUGGAGCAGGAGGGCACGGUGCACCGGCUGACGCUGCGACGAACCUGCUCCACCAUGACUGGUCCGGUGCACUUCACCAUCGGCAAGUCGCGCUCCACCGCACGCCUGGUGGUCUCUGACAUCCCCAUGGUGCUCACACGGCCCCUGGAGCCCAAGGCGGGGCGCGAGCUGCAGUCGGUGGUCCUGUCCUGCGACUUCAAGCCGGCCCCCAAGGCCGUGCAGUGGUACAAGGAGGACACGCCCCUGGCGCCCUCCGACAAGUUCAAGAUGAGGCUGGAGGGCCACAUGGCAGAGCUGCGCGUCCUCCGGCUCACGCCCGCGGACGCCGGCGUCUACCGGUGCCAGGCCGGCAGUGCCCAGAGCAGCGCUGAGGUCACGGUGGAAGCGCGCGAGGUUACAGUGAUGCAGCCGAUGCAGGACGCAGAAGCCACGGAGGAGGGCCGCGCCUGCUUCUCGUGUGAGCUGUCCCAUGAGGACGAGGAAGUCGAGUGGUCGCUCAACGGCACACCUCUGUACAACGACAGCUUCCACGAGAUCUCCCACGAAGGCCGUCGCCACACGCUGGUGCUGAAGCGGGUUCGGCGGGCCGACGCCGGCCUUGUGCGCGCCUGCUCCCCCAAGGUGUCGGUCACUGCCCGCCUGGAGGUCAAAGCAAAGCCGGUGGUGUUCCUGAAAGCGCUGGACGAUGUGUCCGCGGAAGAGCGGGGCACGCUGGCCCUGCAGUGCGAGAUCUCAGACCCCCAGGCCCGCGUGGUGUGGCGCAAGGACGGGGUGGAGCUGGUCCCUAGUGACAAGUACGACUUCCUGCACACGGCGGGCACGCGCGGGCUCGUGGUGCACGACCUGAGCUGGGAAGACACCGGCCUCUACACUUGCAGUGUGGGCUCCGAGGAGACCAGCUCCAGAGUCAGCGUGCACGACCUGCACGUGGGCAUCACCAAGAGGCUGAAGUCGGUGGAGGUGCCGGAGGGCCAGAGCUGCACCUUCGAGUGUGUCCUGUCCCAUGAGAACCCCAGCGAUGUGGCCAUAUGGACAGUUGGCGGGAAGACAGUGGGUGGCUCUGGCCGCUUCCGGGCCACACGCCAGGGCCGCAAAUACACCCUGGUUGUUCAAGAUGUGGCUCCUGGAGAUGCUGGGGAGGUGGUGUUCUCCGUGCGGGACCUCACCUCCAAGGCCUCCCUCAUCAUCAGAGAGAGGCCGGCAGGUAUCACGAAGCCUCUAGAAGACCAGCAGGCUGCUCUGGGUGAGGAUGUGGUGAUGAGCUGUGAGCUGUCUCGGGCCGGGACCCCGGUGCGCUGGCUAAAGGACGGGAAGGCCAUUCGCAAGAGUCAGAAGUAUGACCUGGUCACGGAAGGCACUUGGGCCACUCUGGUGGUCCGUGCGGUGUCGCUCAAGGAUUCAGGAGAAUACACGUGUGAGACAGAAGCUUCCAAGAGCACAGCGAGUCUCCGUGUGGAAGAAAAGGCCAACUGGUUCACAGACGAGCUGACCGACCUGCAUGUGGAAGAGAAGGGCACAGCCGUGUUCACGUGCAAGACAGAGCGUCCCGCAGCUGUGGUGAUCUGGCGCAAGGGCCUCACGGAGCUGCAUGCCUCUGGGAAGCACGCACCCAGCCAGGAGGGCCUGACCCUGAGGCUCACCAUCAGCGCCUUGGAGAAGGCGGACAGUGACACCUACACCUGUGACAUCGGCCAGGCCUGUUCCCAGGCCCGGCUCCUGGUGCAAGGCCGGAAAGUGCUCAUCACAGAGGAUCUGGAGGACAUGGAGGUGCGUGAGGGCUCUUCGGCCACCUUCUCUUGUCGCAUCUCCCCUGCCGACUACGAGCCUGUCCACUGGUUCCUGGACAAGACGCCCCUGCACCCGAAUGAGCUCAAUGAGAUUGAGGUUCAGCCAGGUGGUUACCACGUGCUGACCCUGCGGCAGCUGGCGCUCAAGGACUCAGGCACCAUCCACUUUGAGGCAGGGGACCAACGGACCUCAGCUGCCCUUCGGGUCACAGAAAAGCCAAGUGUCUUCUCCCGGGAGCUCACGGAUGCCACGGUCACAGAGGGGGAGGAUCUGACCUUGGUCUGUGAGACUACCGCCCCGGACAGCCCCGUGUGCUGGACCAAGGAUGGAAAGACCCUGCGGCCAUCAGCCCGGUGCCAGCUGAGCCAGGAGGGCCACCAGGCCCAGCUGGUCAUCAAGGGUACCACUGUGCAGGACGGUGGGCGCUACAAGUGUGAGGCCGGGGGCUCCUGGAGCAGCUCCAUUGUCAGGGUCCAUGCACGGCCGGUGCGGUUCCGUGAGGGGCUGAAGGACCUGGAGGUGCCGGAGGGUGGAGCUGCCACACUGCGCUGUGUGCUGUCAUCCAUGGCCGCGCCUGUGGAGUGGCGCCGUGGAGAUGAGGUUCUGCGGCCCGGAGGCAAGUACAGCCUGCGUCAGGAGGGCGCAGUGCUGGAGCUGGUGGUCCGGGACCUGCGGCCCCAGGACACCGGGCAGUACUCCUGCCACUUUGGGGACCAGAUGACCUUGGCCAUGCUCACAGUGAAGGCCCUGCCUGCUGAGUUCAUAGGGAGACUGAGAAGCAAGGAGGCCUCAGAAGGGGCCACAGCCACGCUGCGCUGUGAGCUGAGCAAGGAGGCUCCCGUGGAGUGGAGGAAGGGGUCUGAGACCCUCAGAGCCGGGGACAGAGUCAGCCUGAGGCAGGACGGGACCAUGUGUGAGCUGGAGAUCCGUGGCCUGGCCGUGGCAGAUGCUGGGGAGUACUCGUGUGUGUGUGGGCAGGAGAGGACUUCAGCCAUGAUGACCGUCAGGGCCCUGCCUGCUGAGUUCAUAGGGAGACUGAGAAGCAAGGAUGCCAUGGAAGGGGCCACAGCCACUCUGCACUGUGAGCUGAGCAAGGAGGCCCCUGUGGAGUGGAGGAAAGGGUCUGAGACCCUCAGAGCUGGGGGCAGAGUCAGCCUGAGACAGGAUGGGACCAUGUGUGAGCUGGAGAUCUGUGACCUGGCUGUGGUGGACUCUGGGGAAUACUCAUGUGUGUGUGGGCAGGAGAGGACGUCGGCCACACUGACUGUCAGGGCCCUGCCCGCCAAGUUCACAAAGAGCCUGAGGAAGGAAGAGGCCACAGAAGGGGCCACAGCAAAGCUGCACUGUGAGUUAAGCAAGGUGGCCCCCGUGGAGUGGAAGAAGGGGUCUGAGACCCUCAGAGCUGGGGACAGAGUCAGCCUGAGGCAGGACAGGACUGUGUGUGAGCUGGAGAUCCAUGGCCUGGCUGUGGCAGAUGCCGGGGAGUACUCGUGUGUGUGCGGGCAGGAGAAGACUUCGACCACGCUGACGGUCAGAGCCCUGCCCGCCAAGUUCACAAAGAGCCUGAGGAAGGAAGAGGCCACAGAAGGGGCCACGGCCACUCUGCACUGUGAGCUGAGCAAGGAAGCCCCCGUGGAGUGGAGGAAGGGGUCUGACACUGUCAGAGCCGGGGACAGAGUCAGCUUGAGGAAGGACAGGACCGUGUGUGAGCUGGAGAUCUGUGGCCUGACCAUGGAGGAUGCUGGGGAGUACUCGUGUGUAUGUGGGCAGGAGAGGACAUCGGCCACACUGACCGUCAGAGCCCUGCCUGCCAAGUUCACAAAGAGCCUGAGGAAGGAAGAGGCCACAGAAGGGGCCACGGCCACUCUGCACUGUGAGCUGAGCAAGGCAUCCCCUGUGGAGUGGAGGAAGGGGCCCAAGACCCUCAGAGCUGGGGACAGAGUCAGCUUGAGGCAGGACGGGACCAUGUGUGAGCUGGAGAUCCAUGGCCUGACCAUGGAGGAUGCUGGGGAGUACUCGUGUGUGUGUGAGCAGGAGAGGACAUCGGCCACACUGAUCGUCAGAGCACUGCCUGCUCAGUUCAUCCAAAAUCUGAAGACCCAGGAAGCCAUGGAAGGGGACACAGCCACACUGAACUGUGAGCUGAGCAAGGCAGCCCCUGUGCAGUGGAGGAAGGGGUCCAAGACCCUCAGAGCUGGAGACAGAGUGAGCCUGAGGCAGGAUGGGACCAUGUGUGAGCUGAAGAUCUGUGGCCUGGCCGUGGCAGAUGCUGGAGAGUACUCAUGCAUGUGUGGGCAGGAGAGGACGUCGGCUAUGCUGACCAUCAGGGCCAUGCCCGCCAAGUUCACAAAGAGCCUGAGAAAGGAAGAGGUCACGGAAGGGGCCACAGCAAAGCUACACUGUGAGUUAAGCAAGGCAUCCCCCGUGGAGUGGAGGAAGGGGUCCGUGACCCUCAGAGCUGGGGACAGAGUCAGCCUGAGGCAGGACGGAAACAUGUGUGAGCUGGAGAUUCGUGGUGUGGCCAUGGAGGAUGCUGGGGAGUACUCGUGUGUGUGCGGGCAGGAGAGGACAUCGGCCAUGCUGACUGUCAGGGGCCUGCCUGCCAAGUUCACAAAGAGCCUGAAGAAGGAAGAGGCCACGGAAGGGGCCACAGCAAAGCUGUGCUGUGAGUUAAGCAAGGUGGCCCCCGUGGAGUGGAGGAAGGGGUCUGAGACCCUCAUGGCUGGGGACAGAGUCAGCCUGAGGCAGGAAGGAAACAUGUGUGAGCUGGAGAUCCGUGGCCUGGCUAUGGUGGAUGCCGGGGAGUACUCGUGUGUGUGCGGGCAGGAGAGGACAUCAGCUAUGCUGACUGUCAGGGCCCUGCCCGCCAAGUUCACAAAGAGCCUGAGGAAGGAAGAAGCCAUGGAAGGGGCCACGGCAAAGCUACACUGUGAGUUAAGCAAGGCAUCCCCUGUGGAGUGGAAGAAGGGGUCCGCGACCCUCAGAGUUGGAGACAGAGUCAGCCUGAAGCAGGACGGAAACAUGUGUGAGCUGGAGAUCCGUGGUGUGGCCAUGGAGGAUGCUGGGGAGUACUCGUGUGUGUGCGGGCAGGAGAGGACAUCGGCCAUGCUGACUGUCAGGGCCCUGCCCGCCACAUUCACAAAGAGCUUGAGGAAGGAAGAGGCCAUGGAAGGGGCCACGGCCACGCUGCGCUGUGAGCUGAGCAAGGCGGUCCCCGUGGAGUGGAGGAAGGGGUCUGAGACCCUCAGAGCCGGGGACAGAGUGAGCCUGAGACAGGAUGGGACGGUGUGUGAGCUGGAGAUCCGUGACCUGGCCGUGGCAGAUGCCGGGGAGUACUCGUGUGUAUGCGGGCAGGAGAGAACGUCAGCCACGGUGACCAUCAGGGCUGUGCCCGCCAAGUUCACAAAGAGCCUGAGGAAUGAAGAGGCCACAGAAGGGGCCACAGUCAUGCUGCGCUGUGAGCUGAGCAAGGCGGUCCCUGUGGAGUGGACGAAGGGCUCUGAGACCCUCAGAGCUGGGGCCAGAGUCAGCCUGAGGCAGGAUGGGACAGCAUGUGAGCUGGAGAUCCGUGGCCUGGCUGUGGAAGAUGCUGGGGAGUACUCAUGUGUGUGCGGGCAGGAAAGGACAUCAGCCACUUUGACCAUCCAGGCUGUGCCCGCCAAGUUCACAAAGAGCCUGAGGAAGGAAGAGGCCACAGAAGGGGCCACAGCCAAGCUGUGCUGCAAGCUGAGCAAGGUGGCCCCUGUGGAGUGGAGAAAGGGGUCCAAGACCCUCAGAGCUGGGGACAGAGUCAGCCUGAGGCAGGAUGGAAACAUGUGUGAGCUGGAGAUCUGUGGUGUGGCCAUGGAGGAUGCCGGGGAGUACUCGUGUGUGUGCGGGCAGGAGAGAACAUUGGCCAUGCUGACUGUCAAGGCCCUGCCCGCCAAGUUCACAAAGAGCCUGAGGAAGGAAGAGGCCACGGAAGGGGCCACGGCCACGCUGCGCUGUGAGCUGAGCAAGGCGGUCCCCGUGGAGUGGAGGAAGGGGUCUGAGACCCUCAGAGCCGGGGACAGAGUGAGCCUGAGACAGGAUGGGACGGUGUGUGAGCUGGAGAUCCGUGACCUGGCCGUGGCAGAUUCCGGGGAGUACUCGUGUGUAUGCGGGCAGGAGAGAACGUCAGCCACGGUGACCGUCAGGGCCAUGCCUGCCAAGUUCACAAAGAGCCUGAGAAAGGAAGAGGCCAUGGAAGGGGCCACGGCAAAGCUACACUGUGAGUUAAGCAAGGCAUCCCCUGUGGAGUGGAAGAAGGGGUCCGCGACCCUCAGAGUUGGAGACAGAGUCAGCCUGAAGCAGGACGGAAACAUGUGUGAGCUGGAGAUCCGUGGUGUGGCCAUGGAGGAUGCUGGGGAGUACUCGUGUGUGUGCGGGCAGGAGAGGACAUCGGCCAUGCUGACUGUCAGGGCCCUGCCCGCCAAGUUCACAAAGAGCCUGAGGAAGGAAGAGGCCACGGAAGGGGCCUCGGCCACGCUGCGCUGUGAGCUGAGCAAGGCGGUCCCCGUGGAGUGGAAGAAGGGGUCUGAGACCCUCAGAACCGGGGACAGAGUGAGCCUGAGACAGGAUGGGACGGUGUGUGAGCUGGAGAUCCGUGACCUGGCCGUGGCAGAUUCCGGGGAGUACUCGUGUGUAUGCGGGCAGGAGAGAACGUCAGCCACGGUGACCGUCAGGGCCCCACAAGUGGUAUUCAGAGAGCCACUCAGGAGUGUGCAGGCUGAAGAGGGUGCCUCGGCCACACUGCGGUGUGAGCUUUCCCAGCCCAAUGCUGCUGUGGUCUGGAGCAAGGGGGGCCUGGAGCUGCAGGCUGAUGGGCGCUGGGAGCCUCGGCAGCGGGGCUACACUGCAGAGCUCGUGCUGUGGGACCUGCGCAGAGAGGAUGCGGGCGAGUACACUUGUGCCUGUGGACCCCAGGCCACCAGUGCUACCCUCACCGUUACAGGUGGGCCCCAAGCUGCACCGGUGCGCUUUCUCCGGGAGCUGCAGGCCCAGGAGGUGGAUGAAGGUGCCACUGCCCACCUGCGCUGUGAGCUGAGCCAAGAGGGUGCUAGUGUGGAGUGGCGCAAGGACUCCCUGCAGCUCUUCCCUUGUGCCAAGUACCAGAUGGUGCAGGAGGGAAGGGCUGCCGAGCUGUGGGUGCACCACACUGAGCAGGAGGAUGCUGGCCACUAUACCUGUGACACGGGCCAUGCACAGAGCACAGCCAGCCUCUCUAUCCGAGCCCCUAGGCCCACAUUCCAGAUGGAGCUGCAGAGCAUGGAGCAGGAGGCCGGCGGUGUGGCCCAGUUACGCUGCCAGCUGAGUGAGGCAGAGCCUAGAGUCCCAGUGCAGUGGCUCAAGGAGGGUGUGGAGCUGCAUGUGAGUCCCAAGUAUGAGAUACGGCGUGUGGGGACCAUGUGCGAGCUGCUGAUCCAUGGGCUGGAGGCCAAGGACACGGGCGAGUACGUCUGCAUGGCCGGUGGUCAGAAAACCAUGGCUUCUGUCAUGGUCAAAGAGCCCGAGGUGACCAUUGUGCGGGGGCUGGAGGAUGCCGAGGUGCAGGUCGACGGGGAGGUGGAGUUCAGUUGUGAGGUGUCACGGGCUGGGGCCAUGGCUGUGGAGUGGCACCUCCAGGGCCUGCCACUACAGAACAACGAGGUGACAGAGCUGGCCGUGCGGGGUGGCCGCACCCACACGCUGCGGCUGAAGGGCGUGACCCCUGAGGAUGCGGGCACCGUCUCCUUCCACGUGGGCGCCCACACAUCCUCUGCCCAGCUCACUGUCCGAGUCCCUGAUGUGAGCAUCCUGGAGCCCCUGCAGGAUGUACAGCUCAGUGAGGGCCAGGACGCCCACUUCCGGUGCCAGCUAUCCAGGGCCUGCGGCCAGGAGGCCCGCUGGGCCCUGGGAGGGGUGCCUCUGCAGGCCAAUGAGAUGAAUGACAUCACCGUGGAGCAUGGCACACUGCAUCUGCUCACCCUGCACAAGGUGACCCUGGAAGAUGCGGGAACCAUCAGCUUCCAAGUGGGCUCAUGUAGCUCAGAAGCCCAGCUGAAGGUCACAGAGGCAGCACCACGCCUGGUACGUGGCUUGCAGAACGUGGACGUCUUUGCGGGGGAGGUGGCCACAUUCUCCUGUGAGGUGUCCCGUGCGGGGGGGCCGGAGGCCCGCUGGUGGCUGGAUGGCACCCUGCUGCAGGAUGGUCCCCAGAGUGCUAUCUCCGUGCGUGACGGGACCUUCCACUCCCUCACACUCUCGGGCCUGGGGGUUGCUGACUCAGGCACCGUCACCUACCGUGCAGGGCCCCUGGUUUCCACGGCCAAGUUGUUGGUCAAAGAUCCCACGGUGGAGGUGGUCAGUGCCAUGCAGGACCUGGCCGUGGAGGAGGGUGGCCCAGCCGAGCUCCUCUGCCAGUACUCGAGGCCUGUGCAGGCCACGUGGAAGAUGGACGAGCAGGAGGUGUGCGCUGACGGGCGCCGUGUCAUCAUAGAGCAGGACUGGACCGUGGCCAGGCUGUCAUUCAGGCCGGCCUUGCCCUGCGACAGUGGCAUCUAUUCUUGUGAGGCUGCGGGCACCCGUGUGGUGGCCCUGCUGCAGGUGCAAGCCAAGAACACAGUGGUGCGCGGCCUGGAGAACGUGGACGCACUCGAAGGCGGCGAGGCGCUGUUCGAGUGCCAGCUGUCCCGCCCCGAGGUGGCCGCCCACACCUGGUUGCUGGACGAUGAGCCUGUGCGAACCUCCGAGAACGCGGAGGUGGUCUACUUCGAGAACGGCCUGCGGCACCUGCUGCUGCUCAAGAACCUGCGGCCGCAGGACAGCUGCCGGGUGACCUUCCUGGCAGGGGACGUGGUGACGUCCGCGUUCCUCACAGUCAGAGGCUGGCGCCUGGAGGUACUGGAGUCCCCGCAGGACGCGGCCGUGCGAGCCGGUGGGCAGGUCCGCUUCAGCUGCACGCUCAGUGAGGCGGUGCCGGUGGGCGAGGCGACGUGGUACAUCAACGGGGCCGCCGUGCAGCCGGACGACCGCAACUGGACGGUCACCGCCGACGGCAGCCACCACACCCUGCAGCUGCGCAGUGCCCAGCCACAGCACGCUGGCGAGGUCACCUUCGCCGCCCGUGACGCUGUGGCCUCCGCGCGGCUCACCGUGCUAGGCCUCCCAGACCCUCCAGAGGACGCAGAGGUGGUGGCGCGCAGCGGCCGUUCGGUAACGCUGUCCUGGGUGGCGCCUGCAAGCGACGGUGGUGGCGGUCUCUGCGGCUAUAGGGUGGAGAUGAAGGCGGCGGCCACAGGCGAGUGGCGGCUGUGCCAUGAGCUGGUGCCUGGGCCUGAGUGCGUGGUGGAUGGCCUGGCCCCUGGGGAGACCUACCGCUUCCGCGUGGCAGCAGUGGGCCCAGCGGGGGCUGGGGAGCCCGUGCACCUGCCGCAGACAGUGAAGCUCGAGCCCCUGGAACCAGUGCCUGCGGCCAGCGCCCCCGUGCCUGCGGUCCCCGCCCCAGUGUCUUCAGUCCCCGUGCCUGUGGCCCCGGUUCCUGCGCACCCAGCUCCCACACCUCCCACUCCCGAGAGCCGGCAGGUGGCUGCCGGCGAGGACGUGUGUCUGGAGUGUGAGGUGGCCGAGGCGGGCGAGGUGGUGUGGCUGAAGGGGGCGGAGGUCAUCCAACCCAGCGGGCGCUUCCAGGUUCUCUGCCAGGGUCAGCGGCGGACGCUGGUGAUACGGGGCUUCUCAGCGGAGGACCAGGGGGAGUACCGCUGUGGCCUCACCCGAGACCCGGCCUCCUCUGCAGCUGCCUCCUUCCAGGUGGUGCUGACCACGGGAUCUGAGGACGAGGCCCCUGCACAGCCCAGCCUGCCCCCCGAGGCAGCCCAGGAGGGUGACCUGCACCUGCUGUGGGAGGCCCUGGCCCGGAAGCGUCGCAUGAGCCGUGAACCCACGCUGGACUCCAUCAGUGAGCUGCCCGAGGAGGAUGGUCGUUCACCACGCCCGCGGCAGGAGGUAGAAGAAGCGGCCCCAGACCUCUCUGAGGACUACUCCACAGCAGACGAGCUGGCACGCACUGGCGAGGCCGACCUCUCGCACACAAGCUCUGACGACGAGUCCCGGGCAGGCACUCCCUCCCUGGUUACCUACCUCAAGAAGGCUGGGAAGCCCAGCACCUCACCACUGGCCGGCAAGCUUGGGAUCCCUGCAGUUGGGAAGCCACCGAAGCAUCAGGAACAGCCACCUGCAGUUCACCCACCCCCGGGAAGCCUGAGGGCUGAAGACCUGGGUGACCCGUCCAUGGACAAGGCAGCGGUGAAGAUCCAGGCUGCCUUCAAAGGCUACAAGGUCCGCAAAGAGAUGAAGCAGCAGGAAGGACCCGUGUUCUCCCGCACAUUUGGGGACACUGAGGCACAGGUGGGGGAUGUCCUGCGUCUGGAGUGUGUGGUGUCCAGCAAGGCGGAUGUGCGUGCUCGCUGGCUGAAGGACGGCGUGGAGCUGACUGACGGCCGGCACCACCACAUCGACCAGCUUGGGGACGGCACUUGCUGUCUGCUGGUGACGGGCCUGGGCCGUGCAGACGCUGGCUGCUACACCUGCCAGGUGAGCAGCAAGUUCGGCCACGUGGCCCACAGCGCCUGUGUGGUAGUCAGCGGGACGGAGAGCGAGGCGGAGAGCUCCUCGGGGGGCGAGCUGGAUGACGCCUUCCGCCGAGCAGCCCGACGGCUGCACCGCCUGUUCCACACCAAGGGCCCGGCCGAAGUAUCGGACGAAGAGCUCUUCCUGAGCGCAGACGAGGGCCCGGCGGAGCCGGAGGAGCCGGGGGACUGGCGGACGUACCGCGAAGAAGAGCACUUUGUCUACAUUCGCUUCGAGGCGCUUGCAGAGGCCCACCGUGCGGCCACCUGCUUCCGGGAGAUGUUUGGCACCAUGGGCAUCGGCGUGGACAUCAGCCUGUCAGAGCAGGGGCCCCGGGGGGUGGAGAUGCGCAUCAGCAAGGUGGCUCCUGCCCCCACAGCAGCUCAGGAGGUGGUGCCCCGGCCGCUGACCACAGACGCCGCCCCAGUGUUCCUGACUGAGCUGCAGAAUCAGGAGGUGCAGGACGGGUACCCCGUGAGCUUCGACUGUGUGGUGACAGGCCAGCCGGUGCCCACCGUGUGCUGGUUCAAGGACGGCAGGAUGCUGGAGGAGGAUGACCACUACAUGAUCAGUGAGGACCAACAGGGCGGCCACCAGCUCAUCAUCACUGCAGUGGUGCCUGCAGACAUGGGUGUCUACCGCUGCAUGGCUGAGAACAGCAUGGGUGUGUCGUCCACCAAGGCAGAGCUCCGUGUGGACCUGACCAGCACGGACUAUGAAACUGCAGCCGAUGCCACGGAGACCUCCUCCUACUUCAGCGCCCAAGGCUACCUGUCCAGCCGGGAGCAAGAGGGCACGGAGUCUACCUCAGAGGAGGGGCAGCUGCCCCAGGUGGUGGAGGAGAUGAAGGACCUCCAGGUGGCCCCUGGCACACGCCUGGCCAAGUUCCAGCUCAAAGUGAAAGGCUACCCAGCGCCACGGCUGUACUGGUUCAAAGACGGGCAGCCCCUGACGGCUUCUGCACACAUCCGCAUGGCUGACAGGAAGACGCUUCACACCCUGGAGGUUGUAUCUGUCACCAAGGAGGAUGCCGGCCAGUACUCAGCCUACAUUAGCAAUGCCGUGGGCGCCACCUACUCAUCAGCCCGGCUGCUGGUCCGAGGCCCCAAAGAUCCCGAAGAGAAGCCAGAAUCAGAUGUGUACCAGCAGCUGGUGCCGCCCCGAUUCCUGGAAAGAUUCACCUCCAAGAAAGUGAAGAAAGGCUCCAGCAUCACCUUUUCAGUGAAGGUGGAAGGGUGCCCGGCCCCAGCCGUGCACUGGCUGCGGGAGGAGACUGAGCGAGGCGUGCUGUGGAUUGGCCGUGACACGCCAGGCUACACGGUGGCCAGCUCUGCACAGCAGCACAGUCUGGUCCUGCUGGAUGUGGGCAGACAGCACCAGGGCACAUAUACCUGCAUCGCCAGCAACAGCGCUGGCCAGGCCCUCUGCUCCGCUAGCCUGCACAUCUCUGGCCUGCCCAAGGAGGCAGGGGCAGCAGAGGAGCAUGCUGGGGUGAAGGAGGCCCUCAUCUCCACCUUCCUGCAGGGGACCCAAGCCGUCUCCACGCAGAUGUCAGAACCUGCAGGUUUCACUGAUCUUGCUGGGCAGAGGAAAGGAGAGCCCAUGGCGGUGGAGGCCCGUAGCCACUUGUCCCUGGCCGAGGUGGGCACAGAGGAGUUCCUGCAGAAGCUCACCUCCCAGAUCACAGAGAUAGUGUCGGCCAAGAUCACGCAGGCCAAGCUGCAGGUGCCUGGAGGUGACAGCGAUGAGGAAUCUAAGACACCGUCUGCAUCCCCCUGGCAUGGCCGUUCCCGCCCCUCCUCCAGCGUCCAGGAGUCAUCCUCGGAGUCGGAGGAUGGGGACUCCCGUGGCGAGAUCUUCGACAUCUAUGUGGUCACGGCUGACUACCUGCCCCUGGGGGCCGAGCAGGAUGCCAUCUCACUGCGGGAGGGCCAGUAUGUGGAAGUGCUGGACUCCGCCCACCCGCUGCGCUGGCUUGUGCGCACCAAGCCCACCAAGUCCAGCCCCUCACGCCAGGGCUGGGUGUCCCCUGCUUACCUGGACAGGCGGCUCAAGCUGUCACCCGAGUGGGGGCCCACUGAGGCCCCCGAGUUCCCGGGGGAGGCCGUGUCUGAGGAUGAAUACAAGACAAGGCUAAGCUCCAUCAUCCAGGAGCUGCUGAGCUCUGAGCAGGCCUUUGUGGGCAAGCUGCAGUUCCUGCAAAGCCACCACAUGCAGCACCUGGACCGCUGCCCCCAUGUACCUGCGGCUGUGGCCUCCCAGAAGGCUGUCAUCUUUCGAAACGUGCAGGACAUUAGCCAUUUCCACAGCAGCUUCCAGAGGGAGCUGCAACAGUGUGACACGGAUGACGAUGUGGCCAUGUGCUUCAUCAAGAACCAGGCGGCCUUUGAGAAGUACCUGGAGUUCCUGGUAGGCCGUGUACAAGCCGAGUCUGCGGUGGUCAGCACAGCAGUGCAGGAGUUCUACAAGAAAUACACGGAAGACGUGCUGUCAGCCUUAGACCCCUCGCAGCCACCACCGCCGCCCCUGCAGCACUUCCUGGAACAGCCUGUGGAGCGGGUCCAGCAGUACCAGGCCCUGCUCAAGGAGCUGAUCCGCAACAAGGCGAGGAACAGGCAGAACUGCGCGCUGUUGGAGCAGGCGUAUGCCGUGGUGUCGGCCCUGCCGCAGCGCGCUGAGAACCAACUGCACGUGUCGCUCAUGGAGAACUACCCAGGCACCCUGCAGGCCCUGGGCGAGCCCAUCCGCCAGGGCCACUUCAUCGUGUGGGAGGGGGCGCCAGGCGCACGGAUGCCCUGGAAGGGCCACCAUCGGCAUGUCUUCCUGUUCCGCCACCACCUGGUGGUCUGCAAGCCCAGACGGGAUUCCCGCACCGACACCUUCAGCUAUGUCUUCCGGAACAUGAUGAAGCUGAGCAGCAUCGACCUGAAUGACCAGGUGGAGGGUGACGACCGCGCCUUCGAGGUUUGGCAUGAGCGAGAGGACUCUGUGCGCAAGUAUCUGCUGCAGGCGCGGACGGUCAUCACCAAGAAUUCCUGGGUGAAGGAGAUCUGCGGCAUCCAGCAGCGCCUGGCCCUGCCCGUGUGGCAACCCCCAGAUUUCGAAGAGGAGCUGGCAGACUGCACAGCCGAGCUGGGUGAGACUGUCAAGCUGGCCUGCCGUGUGAUAGGCACACCCAAGCCCAUCGUCAGCUGGUACAAAGACGGGAAGCCAGUGGAAGUGGACCCUCACCACAUCCUCAUCGAGGACCCCGAUGGCUCAUGUGCCCUCAUUCUGGACAAUCUGACUGGCGUGGACUCCGGCCAGUACAUGUGCUUUGCGGCCAGUGCUGCUGGCAAUGCCAGCACCCUAGGCAAGAUACUGGUGCAAGUACCCCCACGGUUUGUGAAAAAGGUCCGGGCAGUGCCCUUUGUGGAGGGAGAGGACGUUCAGGUCACCUGUACCAUCGAAGGUGCCCCACACCCCCAGAUCAGGUGGUACAAGGACGGGGCCCUGCUGACACCCAGCGGCAAAUACCGAACCCUGAACGAGCCCCGCAGUGGCCUGCUGGUGUUGGAGAUCUUGGCGGCCAACAAGGAGGACCUGGGCCACUAUGAGUGCGAGUUGGUGAACCGGCUGGGCUCUGCGAGGGGAGGGGCAGAGCUGUGCAUGCAGAGCCCAGCUGUGCGAGCCCGGGAACAACAUCGCAGAGAGCAGCUUGCAGCUGUGGAAGAUGCUGCUGCCCCUCCCCCAGUUGCCCUGGAGCCAGCAGACAAGGAGAUCACGUCUGUUCCAAGGACGCUGGUGUGCCCCGAGGCUCCAGGACCCUCCACAGGGGACCACGCUGGCCCCAUCCCUGGCCCUGGGGGGCCACCCAAACUCCAGGAGGCUGGCCUCAAACUCCUAGGCACGGAGGUUGCAGAUGCAUCUGGUGAGGCCCAGUGGCCUCAGGCUGACCACAAAGUGCCACCUGCUCUCAGGGUCCCCCCUGUGCUGGCUUCAACCUUGGCCACCCCAGCUGAGCCUCAGAAGGUGCCAGAGCCUCUUCCCCAGGAGGGCCAGGAGCAGGACUUGGGGACCCAUGCUGAGGCCCAGGGACGCACUGUGCCCAUCCGGAUGGAGGGUACAGCCUGGCCGGGAGCAGGAGCAGUGGACCUAUGGGACAUCCACAGCCAGGUGUUCAUGGAGACCACGCAUCGGACAUAUGUGUACCAGGCCAGCGACACGGGUGCCACAAGGCCCCCAUCCAUGCAGGUCACCAUCGAAGACGUGCAGGCACAGAGGGGCAGCACCGCGCAGUUCCAAGCGGUCAUCGAGGGCAACCCGCAGCCCACAGUGACCUGGUACCGGGAUGAUGCCCAGGUGGUGGACGGCGCCCGGCUCAGCCAGCAUCGGGAAGGGACUACCUACUCCCUGGUGCUAAGGGACGUGACACAGCAGGACGCAGGCGUCUACACCUGCCUGGCCCAAAACGCUGGUGGCCAGGUGCUGUGUAAAGCGGAGCUGGUGGUCCACGGGGGAGACAGCGAGCCUGACACUGAGAAGCAAAGCUAUCGAAGGAAGCUGCACUCCUUCUAUGAGGUCAAGGAGGAAAUUGGAAGGGGCGUGUUCGGCUUCGUGAAGAGGGUGCAGCACAAGGGAAACCAGAUGUUCUGCGCGGCCAAGUUCAUCCCCCUGCGGAGCAGGACGCGCACCCAGGCGUACCGCGAGAGGGACAUCCUGGCCACGCUCAGCCACCCGCUGGUCACAGGGCUGCUUGACCAGUUUGAGACCCGGAAGACCCUGAUCCUUGUCCUGGAGCUGUGCUCCUCAGAGGAGCUGCUGGACCGGCUGUUCAAGAAGAGUGUGGUGACCGAGGCUGAGGUCAAGGUGUACAUCCAGCAGCUGGCAGAAGGGCUGCAUUAUCUGCACGGCCAGAGCAUUCUCCAUUUGGACAUAAAGCCCCCAAAUAUCCUGAUGGUGCAUCCCGCUCGGGAGGACAUUAAAAUCUGCGACUUCGGCUUUGCCCAAAAAAUCACCCCAGUAGAGCCACAAUACAGCAAGUAUGGCUCCCCAGAGUUUGUAUCCCCUGAGAUCAUUGAGCAGACUCCUGUGAGCGAGGCCUCGGACAUCUGGGCCAUGGGGGUCAUCUCCUAUCUCAGCCUGACCUGCUCGUCACCGUUUGCCGGUGAGAGUGACCGAGCCACCCUCCUGAAUGUGCUGGAGGGGCGGGUGUCUUGGAGCAGCCCCAUGGCUGCCCACCUCAGCGAGGAUGCCCAGGAAUUUAUCAAGGCUGCCCUGCAGAGGGCCCCAGAGGCCCGACCCAGCGCAGCCAAGUGCCUGGCCCACCCUUGGUUCCAGAAGUCCGUGCCCGCGGAGGAGGCCCACUUCAUCAACACCAAGCAACUCAAGUUCCUGCUAGCCCGUAGCCGCUGGCAGCGCUCCCUGAUGAGCUACAAGUCCAUCCUGGUGAUGCGCUCCAUUCCCGAGCUGCUCCAGGGCCCGCCCGACAGCCCGUCCCUCGGGGUGGCCCGGCACCUGCACGAAGGCGCCAGCGCCGCCUCCAGCAGCUCGUCCUCGUCCUCCGACAACGAGCUGGCACCCUUCGCCCGGGCCAAAUCGCUGCCGCCCUCUCCGGUGACCCACUCCCCGCUGCUGCACCCGCGGGGCUUCUUGCGGCCGUCCGCUAGCCUGCCGGAGGAGGCCGAGGCUUGCGCGUCUGCCGCCGCCGCGCCUCAGCCGGCGUCGCCCCCAGGUGCAGAGGUGCCUGCUGCCCCGGGCUGCGUUCCCCGGCAGAGCGUCAUCCGCAGCCUCUUCUACCAGCAGGCAGGCGAGGCCCUGGAGCGCGGAGGCCCCGCCAUGGGCGGCAGGCGGCACCCCGCCCGGCGGAGGCACCUGCUCAAGGGCGGCUACUUCGCAAAGGCCCUGCCCGGCCUGCGGGAGCCGCUGCUGGAGCAUCGCGCGCUGGAGGAGGAGGCCGCCCGGGAGGAGCAGGCCGCUCUGAUGGCCAAAGUGCCCUCCUUCGAGACCGCCCUGCGGCUGCCUGGCUCCAGCGCCCGAGUGGCACCCGGCCGCAGCCGAUCCCUGGAGCUCGACCAGCCACACUCCACCAGCUCCUCCACUGAGGCCUGUGGUGGGGGGCAGUGCCCUGCCCCAGGCCUCUCAGGCCUCCAGAUAGCCUCAGGGGAGAGCCUGCCAGGAGGGGUCACAUGUGCCCAGGAGAUGCAGUGUCCAGAGGGAUCCCAGCAGGGGCCAAGACUAUUGCCAUCCAUCGGGGGCCUCCCAGGGGCUGCUCAGCAAGAGGGGUCAUCCCAGGACAGCUGUGGGUGGCAGCCCGCCCCUUCCUUCCAGCCCCAGUGGGGUCCCGCUCCCCUGCAAGGCUGUGGCCCCCCUAAGGCUGUUACACCACAACUUUCUGGCUCCUUCCCUUCAGAGCAGUGCACGGGGCCCCUCUGGGCAUCCUCCAGCCCCUUCCUCUCAGGGGAGACCCAGGCUCCCCUCUCCCCAGCCCAAGAAAGCUGCCAGCCAGGCUCUAUGGAGAGUCCAAAGGACACUUGUCUCACUGGGAGGCUGAGUCUCCCUAGCUCCUCAGGGCUGGCUUCCCAGGUGGGCACGGGGCCUGGUCCUUCCCAGGAUGCCACCCGGGAGCUGGAGGAUGCAUCAGAACCGGAGCCCAGCCCACAGCGGCCUCAGGAACAGGCCACCAUGCGGAAGUUCUCCCUGGGGCAACGUGGGGGCUACGCCGGAGUGGCGGGUUAUGGCACCUUUGCCUUUGGUGGGGAUGCAGGGGGCAUGCUGGGGCAGGGUCCCCUGUGGGCCAGGAUGGCCUGGGCCACCUCUCAGUCCUCAGAGGAGCAUGAUGACACUGGGGCUCAGAGCCCACCCCCCCAGGCCAGCGCAGCGCCCCUUCCCAAGGGCAGCAGGGCACCCCCAAGGGCUUCCCCAGAGCUGAGCUCGUGGGAAGACUUCGGCAGGGGCUCCCAGGUGUCCCUGGUGCAGAUCCGAGACCUGUCUGGGGACUCAGAAGCAGCGGACACCGUGUCCCUGGACAUCUCAGAGGUGGAGCCUGCCUACCUCAACCUGUCCGACCUGUAUGACAUUAAGUACCUCCCUUUCGAGUUCAUGAUCUUCAGGAAGGUCCCCAAGCCUGUGGAACCAGAGUCACCUUCCUCCCCGGAAUCCGAGGCAGAGGAGGAGCUGGCUGAGUUCCCAGAGGCCGCGUGGCCCUGGCCAGGCGCACUGGGUCCACCAGCCAGCCUGCAGAUCACAGAGGAGCCAGAGGACAUGGAGACCCUGCUCGGGGAGGCCACUGGCAGUAGGAAGCGGAAAUGGUCACCCCCCUCCGGUGGCCUCUUCCACCUCCCCAGGAGACACACGCUGGAGGAGCCCCUGGAGCUGGGACUGCGCAGGAGGGUGAGGGCCUCAGUGGCCCACAUCUCCCGCCUCCUGAAGGGCAGGCCGGAAGGUCUGGAGAAAGAGAGCCCCCCCAGGAAGAAGGCAGGCCUGGCUUCCUUUCGGCUGGGCCUGAAAAGCAAGGACCGAGCACCAUCCUUUCUAAGGGAGCUCUCAGAUGAAACGGUGGUCUUGGGCCAGUCAGUGACUCUUGCCUGCCAAGUGUCAGCCCAGCCAGCUGCACAGGCCACCUGGAGCAAAGAUGGGACUCCCCUGGAGAGUAGCAGCCGCCUCCUUAUCUCCUCCACACUCAAGAACUUCCAGCUCCUGACCAUCCUGGUGGUGAAUGCUGAUGACCUGGGAGUGUACACGUGCAGCGUUCGCAACACGCUGGGGACUGCGGCCACCACGGCUGUCCUCCGGAAGGCAGAGCGCCCCUCGUCUUCCCCCCGCCCGGACAUUGGGGAGGUAUAUGCCGACGGGGUGCUGCUGGUCUGGAAACCUGUGGAGUCAUACGGCCCUGUAACCUACAUUGUGCAGUGCAGCUUGGAAGGUGGCAGCUGGAACACCCUGGCUUCUGACAUCUUUGACUGCUGCUACGGCGCCAGCAAGCUUUCGAGGGGCGGCACAUACAUCUUCCGCACGGCCUGCGUCAGCAAGGCGGGCAUGGGUCCUUACAGCAGCCCCUCAGAGCCGGUCCUCCUGGGAGGGCCCAGCCACCUGGCCUCUGAGGAGGAGAGCAGCGCCUCGCGGCCAGCCCAGCCCCUCCCCAGCACGCAGACGUUCGCCUUCCAGACGCAGAUCCGAAGGGGCCGCUUCAGCGUGGUGCGGCAGUGCCGGGAGAAGGCCAGCGGACGCGCGCUGGCCGCGAAGAUCGUUCCCUAUCGCCCCGAGGACAGGACUGCCGUACUGCGCGAAUACGAGGCUCUCAAGAGCCUGCGCCACCCGCACCUGGCCCAGCUGCAGGCCGCCUACCUCAGCCCCCGGCACCUGGUCCUCAUCUUGGAGCUUUGCUCGGGACCCGAGCUGCUCCCCUGCCUGGCGGAGAGGGUCUCCUACUCAGAGUCGGAGGUGAAGGAUUACCUAUGGCAGAUGCUUAGCGCCGCCCAGUACCUGCACGCCCAGCGCAUUCUGCAUCUGGACCUCAGGUCCGAGAACAUGAUCGUCACCGAAUACAACUUACUCAAGGUCGUCGACCUGGGCAACGCCCAGAGCCUCGCCCAGGAGAAGGUCCUGCCCUCCGAGAGGUUCAAGGACUACGUGGAGACCAUGGCUCCCGAGCUCCUGGAGGGCCAGGGUGCCGUCCCACAGACCGACAUCUGGGCUAUAGGCGUGACAGCCUUCAUCAUGCUGAGCGCGGAGUACCCGGUGAACGGUGAAGGGACACGCGACCUGCAGAAAGCCUUGCGCAAGGGGCUCAUCCGUCUGGGUUGCUGCUACGCGGGGCUGUCCGGCGGCGCGGUGGCUUUUCUCCGGAGCACGUUGUGUGCGCACCCCUGGGGCCGGCCGUGCGCGACCAGCUGCCUACAGUGUCCAUGGCUAACCGAGGAGGGCCCUGCGGGCUCCCAGCCCGCGGCUGUCUCCUUCUCCACCGGGCGACUUCGAGCCUUCGUGCGCGAGCGAGAGAAGAAGAGGGCGCUGCUGUACAAGAAGCACAACUUGGCCCAGGUGCACUAAGCACCCGGCCUGGCAGAGAGGGUGUGUGUGUGAUGGGGGGGGGGUGGGAGGUCGCCCUUCUGGGCUGCGCCCCUCAGUCUCCGCUCUAGGACUCGCUGUAUAUGAACAGACAGGCCAAUAAAAAAGCAGAACCGGA